CCAGUGGGGAAGACAGAAAGUGACACAGAAAGGGGGUGGAGAAAAAGAAGGGAAGAGAGAGAGAACCAUAUUAAAGGAAUAAAACCAAGCAACUGAGAAGAACAAACAGUCCCACUCAACUAUAGAAGGGAAAAGCGCUAAAGCAAGGAAAGAAGCAGUAAAGAUACUGGAAAUCAGUUUUACAGUCUGCACAUGCCUAAUGUAGCAGCCUUCCCUGAGAAAACAAGCCACAGUAACACCCCAAGCUGUACCGGGUAGAACCAAUGUGAAGACAUGCUUGGUCUGCAAUUCCAAACAUACAUGGCAGCAUAGAAAACUCAGCCUUGCUGCAACCAGGGAGAACUUUGUUCAUUUUUACCCUAAUGAGCGAGAUGAAUCAAGAAAAGGCAACCAGUCAACUAGCAACAGCAGGAGCCAUAGGGACACCUGCAAACAACACGUACUCACAUGGAAAAAUGGGGAGACCACUGAUCAUAUUCUGCAUGUGUAGUUGUGCUACAGCACACUGAACCUUGGACACACCAGUACAGCAAACUCUAGAGGCUGUGUCUGAUUCUCCCUUCAAGGUUUCUCACCCUUCCUGGUGAGCAAAAAUGGGGGACUGGAGUUUCCUCGGAGAGUUCCUUGAGGAGGUCCACAAACACUCCACAGUGGUGGGGAAAGUAUGGCUGACCGUACUCUUCAUCUUCCGGAUGCUGGUACUUGGUACAGCAGCUGAGUCCUCAUGGGGGGACGAGCAGUCUGACUUCAUGUGCGAUACCCAGCAGCCUGGUUGUGAGAAUGUCUGCUACGACAAGGCUUUCCCCAUCUCCCACGUCCGGUUUUGGGUCCUCCAGAUCAUCUUUGUCUCCACCCCAUCUCUGGUGUACAUGGGCCACGCGAUGCACACAGUGCGCAUGGAAGAGAAGAGGAAGAUGAAGGAAGCAGAAACAGAGGCCCGGGAGAUGAAAAACGACGGUGACACAUACUACCAGCAGAAGUGCCCUGUGGCAGAGAAGGCUGAGCUGUCUUGCUGGGAUGAAUCAGGAGGCAAAAUUAUACUCAGGGGCAGUUUGCUGAACACCUACGUCUACAGCAUUUUGAUUCGCACCGCUAUGGAAGUGGCCUUCAUCGUGGGACAGUACAUCUUGUAUGGGAUCUUCCUGGAGACUCUAUAUAUCUGCCAGCGGGCACCUUGCCCCCAUCCUGUCAACUGCUACGUUUCCCGUCCCACCGAGAAGAACGUGUUCAUUGUCUUCAUGCUGGCUGUGGCAGUGCUCUCUCUAUUCCUCAGCCUGGCUGAGCUGUACCACUUGGGCUGGAAAAAAGCCAAAGAGAGGUGCUCUCGGGCUUACAAACCCAGCCCCAGCACAACCCCUGGCAGACUGGAGUCUGCCCCACAAGUAGAGAGGGCCCAGAUGUACACUCCCCCUCCAGAUUUUAAUCAGUGCUUGGCAAGUCCCAAUGGGAAGUUCAUCAGCCCCUUCAGCAACAAGAUGGCUUCCCAGCAGAACACUGCCAACUUCGCCACCGAGAGGGUCCACGGUCAGGAGGAUGCUGCCAGUGAAGGGCCCUUCAUUAAGUCCAGCUACAUGGAAAGUCCAGAGGUGGCCAAUGAAUGUGCAGCACCUGCCUUCCCUGAGAGCUACUACAAUGAGAAACGCCGAUUCAGCAAGACCAGCCGUGCCAGCAGUAAGGCUAGGUCGGAUGAUUUGUCUGUGUGACCUGUCUCCAGGAAGGAUAAGGAACAGUCUCAGCAGCUAGUAAAGUUCUGCAAGGUGGACUCCAGACUCUUGCCACUAACCUCUCUCUUUUAACACCCUCCAGCUCCUUUUCAGUGAACAUUAUUGCCAUAUUGCAGACAGCCCUCCUCACACCUCAAGACAGAGGCAGCCACUGGGGGACACACCCCUGGAGGCUGAAGAAAGGCAUCCUCUUGAUGAAAAUAUGGCCAAGCAGGGCCAUCCUCACAUCUCAUGGGACCCACAGGGACUGGGGACUUAGCUGCAAAUUGGUAGAGCUGGCUAGCAGACUCACUCAAACAUGAGGCCAGCCAACCACUGCAACACUAUAUUCAACAGACUGGACCUCAACUCCCUUGCAUCUGCUUUGGUGUCCGUUUAACAUUUGCUACAUCAGCUUGGCAAUUAUACAAGCUGAUGCUACACGUUGGUAGGUUUUCUAAAAGAAAGAACUUCUCUACUGCUUUGUUCUCUCUCUUUCUAAGCCUCCCUUUCUCUUCUUGAGCCCAGAUACUUUAUACCAGUUUACCUAUACAGUAAAUCCUACUUGAAUUUUUGACACUGUGUAUAUAACUCUUCCCAUAGAUAAGGAUUGUCCAUGGUCCCCUAAACGCCACUGCCUCGUGUCUAACUUUGAAAUCCCUUUCUCAUUCCUACUUCAGAAAAGCAGAUUGGCCCCAGGAGCCCUGGGAUAUUGGUUAGGUGACCAGCUGAUGAAGGCUACGGAAUUUUCCCCAAGAUAUUUAUGUCAUCAAUUCUAAGCAAGAUAUCCAUUAAUAGAAAUAGAGAUUCUCCUGUGAGAACAUAUAUUCUACUGGUAAAAAAAAAGGAGGAAUUAUCACGUGGAAACAAAGUGAUUUUUCCCCCCUUUAAAACUCAUCUUUCGAGCAACCUGAAUGCUGCUGAGAAGGUGCUACCAGCUGCCAACUUGGGAGAAAAACAUCCUGUUUAUCUGCAGAAGGGGUGCGGCCUGUCUCCUCUCCUCACUGCCCUGCCAAAACACUUCAGCAUCAUUUGCAUGGAGCGAGAGUCCUCUCCGGGCCCCACGCAGCAUUCAGCUUUUGGCUGCUCUCUCAAGCCUGUCAGCCAGUGAGAGCCACGAUAUUUGUCCUCAUGAGAGGUCUCUUCUGCCAUCGGUUCCUCUUCAUCUCCACUCCAUCCCUAGUGCACAUGGCCUAAGAAACCAGCCAUGGACCAGCUCUUUCCACCACUGCAGCCAUGCAGAGCAGCUGCUGGAGGCCAACACUGCACAGUGAGUCUGGUGGAUGAGGUCUGUAGGCAGCUCCCACUCCAGAUGCAUUUCCUCACUGCAAAGCUGACAUCCUUCUUUUACAGAGAUACGCUAACCAGAUCUGCUCCGUUCUGUUUACCCUGCACUGCCCUUUCACAAAUGGGCCAUAGCUUCCCAACACAGGACUCUGUGAGCAUAUGGCCUGGGACUAGCUUAUGAGAGGGCCGAGCCACUCCCUCUCAUACGGACUGUUGAAAGGGAUUGUGAAUGCUUGCUCCUGACACAUUGUUAGAUUUGGUACAGUUCCCUGUACACGUACAUACAUUGCCACUCACAGAGCGGAAAAAAGUUUUUUUGUUUGUAAGGUGUUUUUCGUACGUGUAUUUUUUAAUCCUGAAAUGACCUGCGUGCUCUCCUUAACAUGAGAUUGUGGUCAAUUGUGCCUAGGUUUGUCCUAAUAAAGUUCUAACUUCAA